AUGGUACAGGUUCAGCAACCGGAUCAACACCUUCAGCGAAUUUUGUGGCGAGAUACACCUGAUGAACCCGUGAAAACUUUUGAGUUAACGACCGUUACAUACGGAACUGCUAGUGCUCCGUAUUUGGCGACAAGGUGCUUGAAACAGCUAGCUGAAGAUGGAUCAGCAAGUCAUCCGAUUGGUUCGAGAGUAGUCAAAGACAGUUUCUACGCCGACGAUUGUCUAGUUGGAGCGGACAGUGUCGAAGAAGGCAAGCAUUUAGUUGAAGAAACUACCGAUCUCACCAAUUCAGCUGGGUUUAAUUUACGGAAGUUCAACUCAAACUCACCAGAGAUAUUGGCAAGCAUUCCUGAAGAUUUGAAAGAGAAAAAGUCAGUUUUAGAGUUCGAUUCGUCAGAUUCAACUGUGAAAACCCUUGGUUUGAAGUGGGACACAGAGUCAGAUAAUUUUUGCUUUAGUAUUCCCCAUUGGAGGUCAUCAAGUUCGCAAAUCACGAAAAGAAGCGUGCAUUCUGAUCCAGCCUGUUUGUUUGAUCCUCUUGGGCUCGUGGGUCCAGUUGUUGUGCAAGCGAAAAUGAUAAUCCAGCAACUGUGGCGUCUCAAGGUUGGUUGGGAUGACCCAUUGGAUGAGCAGUAUCAAAAUCUAUGGAAGGAGUACAAACAGAGUUUGAUGCCAUUAGAAUCGUUGUCAGUUCCACGUUGGCUUGGGUUCAGUAAAGAUUGUGUGUCAGUACAGUUACAUGGGUUCUGCGAUGCGUCAGAGUCAGCUUAUGGAGCAUGUUUGUACCUGCGCUGCGUAACUGUAGAUGGUUAG